AUGGCAAGGGGAGGAGGUGGCGCCCCGGCGUCGCCCGCACCCGCGCGCGGCAAGGACCGGCGGCACCUGUACAGGCCGCCGCCGAAGAGGUCACCAGCACAAGAGGGGAUCCCUGCUGGACGAUGGCGAGCCCGCCCAAAGCAGCAAGAAGCCGAGAGGGCAGGCCUAGCCCACCGCCGUGGUCAAGCGCGAGCUGCCAGAAGGAGGGGGAAGAGGAGGAGAGCUAGAGGAAGGAGAAGCUGGCUAAGGCGGCGGUGCCGGGGCUCUGGUGGCGAUGGAAGAAGUCAUGGAGGAGCCGCAGCUCAACAAUUUGAGGAUGGGACUCGCCUUGUUCCAUUGCCGAGCUUGCCUGCUUCCCCAACAAACCUCCCACGUUCAAGUGCGAGCCACGGCCAGGCGUGCGGCGGCGCCGCCACCUACGCCGCCUGCGCCGAGGUGGACGCCUUCGUGCCCGACGCCAAGCUGCCCGUCCCGUUCCAGGAGCACGGGUGCGCGAGCUACGUCGUCUACUACCAGGCCAGCGACCACGAGCGCGCGCGCCGGUGGGCUCCCUGCUACUGCCCUGACCUCGGCUGCGGCGCCUUCACCUCGCCACCGAGGCUGUUUGAGCACUUCCACGCGGGCCACCCGACCUGGCCCGUCACCGACGUGAGCUACGGGAAGCCGUGCAGGAUCGCCGUGCCACGUUCGCCGCAGGGCCUGCACGUCCUCGUCGGUCAGGAGGACCGGUUCUCAACUGGAUGCAGACCAAGCUUCAUGGAUUGCAUGGCGGCAGAAGGAAAUCAGAGUUCAUCGCUGACCCGGCUUGGCUUGACGAUUCCUCCAGCGGCCUUCCUCAGACCGACAAGCUCAACGACGGCUGGACGGCAGCGGUCUCGGAACGGUUUGGGAUGAGGGAAGGACACAGGCUGAAGAGCUAUGGACGUCUUGACGAACUCAGCAGCAGCUGCAGGAGGAACUAAAAUCGCUUGUCACAGCCAGAGGAGAAGCCACAGCCGACGAACUGAGCAGGGUACAUCACCUGCAACUCGAGAGGCUUCUCAGCUGCUCUUCGAACUCCAAGAAUGGAGGCAUUGUUAGGCAAAGAUCGUUCAGGAAACUUGCAACAAGAGCCUUCGGUUCGGUGGUUUCUUGCCCAGGCCGAGCUUCAGGGAAACUGUACCAAAAAUGAGAUUUGACGAGAUUAUCUGGGGAUUGCUCCUCAAGAGCGCACAUCCUGAAAACUCGGCGUUCACUUAUCCUGUGAUGAGGGAUGAUCGACUGGUACAAAUGGCCCAGAAAGGCGAGGCAGAGGUCGAGGACGAAGGGAGCAAAUGGAUCAGAACAGAUUCA